UUUAAACAACAUAAGCACCGAAACACGAAGAAACUGACCCUUCAAAUCCUUCUUCUUUACCCCCUUUUAUUUAUGAGAUUUCCUCUCUCUCUCAAGCAAAGCUAAGCUAAGCAUAGUUAGUGAAAAAAAAAAAAAAAAAGGUAAGGAAUGAUACUCAAGACAAUCCAAGGGGCAAAAGCAAGGCAUAUAAUAAAGCAACAGUGCGACCAAGCUAUACUUAAUCAAUUCCCCUGGAUGCUCCACCAGCAAAUCAUAACAAUCCAAUCAAGUCUAAACCACCUGACACCAGAAAAGAACAGGUUUUGUGAAUAGCCAUCUAUGGGACUCUGCCAAUCUCUGAGAUCCUGCUUGAGAAGAUCCCACUCUCAUGAAAUCCCUAUCUCUUCUUCCUCCGAUUCUUCUCCUCACCCAUAUCAACCAUUGCCCAAAACAACCCAAGAGCAGUUUCACCCACCUCCACAAAAACCAGCUUGGGAAAACCAAAACCCAUCUUUGUCUAAUGCUCCUUCAUCAUCCCAUAGUGAGACCAUUUUGCUUAAACCUUAUGUUGAUGUCACCACCAUUUAUGAUCUUGACAAAGAGUUGGGGAGAGGUCAGUUUGGCAUCACUUCUCUUUGCACUGAAAAGGCAACAGGGAGAAAAUACGCCUGCAAGUCUAUUUCAAGGCGUAAACUAAACACUGACAAGGACGUAGAGGAUGUUAGAAGAGAGAUUUUGAUACUGCAGCAUCUAACUGGGCAACCAAAUAUUGUUGAGUUCAAAGGUGCUUAUGAAGAUAGCCGGAAUAUACAUUUGGUAAUGGAGUUGUGUUCAGGUGGUGAGCUUUUUGAUCGGAUCAUAGCUAAAGGGACUUACUCAGAACGUCAAGCGGCUUCAAUUUGUAGGCAGAUUGUGAAUGUGGUGCAUGCCUGUCAUUUUAUGGGCGUUAUGCAUAGGGACUUGAAGCCUGAGAAUUUCUUGCUGGUUAGCAAGGAAGAGAAUUCUCCAAUUAAGGCCACUGAUUUUGGACUCUCUGUCUUCAUCGAGGAAGGUAGAAUGUAUAGAGACCUUGUUGGAAGUGCAUAUUAUGUUGCACCAGAGGUGUUACAGAGAAAAUAUGGCAAGGAAAUAGAUGUGUGGAGCGCCGGAGUCAUUUUAUACAUUCUUCUUUGUGGAGUGCCUCCGUUUUGGGGUGAGACUGAGAAAGAAAUCUUUAAAGCAGUUUCAGAAGGUAAUCUUGACUUAAAAGGCCAGCCAUGGCCAAGUAUAUCUGAUAAUGCAAAGGACCUCAUCAGGAAGAUGCUAGAAAGGCACCCUAAGAAACGGAUUACAGCUGCCCAAGCCCUAGAACAUCCGUGGCUGAAGGAGGGUGGUGAUGCAUCUGACAAACCUCUUGAUAGUGCUGUUCUUAGCAGGUUGAAGCAGUUCAGAGUAAUGAACAAGCUCAAAAAACUAGCCUUAAAGGUGAUAGCAGAAAGCCUAUCAUCAGAAGAGAUCAAGGGCUUGACACAGAUGUUCAAAAACAUCGACACUGAUGGAAGUGGUACAAUAACACUAGAAGAACUCAGGGAUGGAUUAGCGCGAUUGGGAUCCAAGCUAACCGAAACAGAAAUAAAGCAGCUCAUGGAUGCUGCUGAUGUUGACAAGAGUGGAUCCAUUGAUUACAUCGAAUUUGUAACUGCUACAAUGCAUCGACAUAGGCUUGAGAGCGAAGAAAAUAUAAAGCAGGCUUUCAAAUUCUUUGACAAGGAUAGCAGUGGGUUUAUCACAAGAGAUGAGUUAAGACAAGCUAUGACCGAGUAUGGAAUGGGAGAUGAGGCUACAAUAGAUGAAGUCAUCGAGGAUGUUGACACCGAUGGGGACGGGAGAAUCAAUUAUGAGGAAUUUGUAGCCAUGAUGAAAAGGGGAACUCAAGAUGGGGAUGGUAAAGACAGAUGAAUAACUGCUGAGCAUGUUAGAUAAUCUACUUGGC